CUCCGCUCCGUUGCUAAGGCGCCCAACUGCUGCCUGGAUACCGACCACAGCGUUCAGCACGCGGACAGCGACUCUGCAUUCACGCUACUGACUUACCUCAAAAACACCUGAUUAUUUUCGUACAUUUAUUUAUAUAAACUGGGACAAGUAGUACGAAGACAUGGCGAAUGCUCACCGGACAAACGUUCUGGUCACUUCGUGUUUGAAAACGCCGGUAGACCCGCACACCAAAGCCCCGUUAGCUUCAUACGAGAGGGAGAGAGCGCUUCCGAGCGCUAACAUUACAAGUCAUGCGGACAACCGGGACUACGAGAAGGAGCUGGAGUAUGAGGACACAGGCUCUGAUUUCUGUGAUGAGGACUGUCUGGGAAAGAGCGGCCCUCUCCUGUUGACUGACUACAGGGCAGCAGGAGACUGCCUCGACCUGAGUGAGAUCUUCUUCUCCAAUGAGGAGUACUACAGCAAGCUGGAGGAGCUGAAGAAGGCCCACCUUCGCACCAUGGCUGAGCUGGAGAGCAUGUAUCGGCGAAAGCUGCAGCUCAAGUCCAUGGAGCCUCUGGACAUGGCAACGCUGGAGACGGGGCACAGGCUACUGUGGUCAAACAGCAGCCCAGCAGCUUCACGCCGUUUGAGGAAGUCACAAUCUGCUGCUGAGCUCAGGAGAGGCUCCCGGCAGUCAGACGCUUCAGACGAAGAUGAAGCUGCCAAUAAUGGUGUGGAGAAAGGCCUGCUGUUUUCUCCGAAAGAACACAUCAAGAACAUGUGGCAGGACUUUAAACUGUCCCCUCACAAUCCUCAGAUGUCAUCCUCGCUGCACAGCCUGUCGGGAGACCAGAAGAGACAAAAGGGAAAAGGAAAGAAGAAGCAGGGACAUAAAGAUGAAGAGCAGGAGCACUGGAAACACAGAGUGACUGUCCCGAAACCUUUUCAGAUGACACUGCGUGACGCUGAGAGGCGAAAGCAUGGCAUAAAGACACGUUCAGAGAUCGAACUGGAAAACGCAGAGCUGCGACGACAGCUAGAAGAAUUGACAGAGUGCCAGAGGAAGUUCCGUGCCAGCCCCGUACCAGCUCAUGUUCACCUCCCGCUUUACGAGGAGCUGCAGGAGAGGAACGAGGAACGACAGCGAAGAAUGAGAGAGAGAGAGGAUCAGUAUCUUCGAACCACCCAGAAGCCCUUCAGCUUCCUGGAGAGGGAGCGACUGAAGAAGGAGCAGAAACAGCUACAUCACCUAGAACCAUCUGACCAGGAGAAAGUCAAACCCUUCAAGGCCAAGCCUGUGCCCAAGGCAGUGUACGCAGCAGCAUCAGGAGAUCAGAUGAAGGAGGAGGAGCUGUAUCGGUCUAUCAAGACACAGAUGAGAGCUCAGGAGAUGCUCCACAGUGCUUCAAUGCCUUCCAGCAUGCUUGCACGACGACUCAGCGAGCGCAAGAAGACCAAAAAUGGCAGCACUGUAGCUGGAGGAGACAACUUCUCCCACAGGCCCCAUAUUAACAAAGAGAUACCAGACUUUGACGCCAGGUAUCGGCGCUUCCAGAAACACCUGGAGAAAAGAAAAGAGGUGAAGGCCACAACUGCAUGCGAACCAUUUGAAUUGCGGACAUCACAGAUCCCCUCGCACCGUGAGCGCAUCCUGGCCGACAUCGAGAAGGAGCAGGGCAGCCCUCGGAUACAACGUUGGCCUUACAUCAGCCCCAGGCCAUCUCGGACAGCAAACUCAAGUCUCUGUUCGUCCCUCUCUGGUAGCUUGGAGCACCUGCCUGCCAAAGUCACAGAUGCCACCAAAAAGCGCUAUGAGGCUGUGAGAAAGGUGCUAGAGCAGAAGAAGAAGGCCGAGGAGGAGGAGGAGCGGUGGAGGGAAAGGCAGAGACAGAAGGAGAAGAAGCUGCAGAAGGUGGUGUUAAAACGUGCCCAGGCCAAUGACCCCCACCAGGCUCUGUCACAAACACACCAAAUCAAACUCAAAGAAUUCAGGAAACAAGAGCUUCAGCGCAGGAAGGAGUACCAGCAAGAGUUUAAAGAGAUGCAGCAGAGGGUGAAGGGGAGGCCGCUGCUGUUGGAGCAGGUUGCACAGAUGAAUGCCAAACAGGCAGCUGAGAAGCGCUACACCAAAGCUCUGCAUGGAUGUGAUCUGACUGAAGAGUUUAUUGGUAGCAAAGUGGGCAAAUCAGCUUUCACACGCAAAGCCUCUCCAUCGAGUGACAGCAAACAGAGUGACCAAGAGGAGUCAGACAUGGGAUGCGAACCUGUUCACUACAGAAAAGUCUUCCUGGAUGAUGAAGAUGUGGAAGUUGAUCCAGAGGAGAAGGAAGGAGGGAGUGACCAAGCUUCAUCAAACCAUUGUGAUGGAGACGACACCAACAGUCAUCAGUCAGAUCAGGACGAUCAUGGAGGUGGUCAACACUAUUCAGAUGAAAGUUAUCACUACUCAGACGAUCAUGAGAAUUACUCAGACAACAGCGAGUGUGACGCAGACACUAAACAGCAGGAAGCGGCGGAGUGAUGCCACCUAACGUCAUGCUAUAAGUGGACUACACCAUAUCUAUGUUCAUCAAGUGAGGAGGAACACCGAAGAUGAAGCUUCUUUGCUAAAAUUAUGUUAUAUUUUAUUGUAAAUAUUGUGAACAUAGAAUGGACAAUUUGAUAUCUCUGUUCACUCCUUAAUAAAUACUAAU